CCCUCCUCUUCUCUCCUUGUCUUUACAGACAUGCAAAAUUGUUCCAUGCUGCCAUAGAUGUGAACUCCCCACUGCACUGCCUUUUUUUUUUUUUUUCUUCUUUUCCAGGGAUGAAAAGGCCUGAACGAUCCGACAGAGAUCUAAAAAGCUCCUAUUGAAUCUGCAUGGAAACUGGAAAGGAGAUGAAUAACAGAAGGGAAGAAAGAGCAAAGUUGGUUAUUUCUCUGGCGCAUGGAUGCAAUUACGCUCAGUGCAUUCCAGAGGCGUUCCUUUGAAUGCUGUGCAGGUCUGCCUGCCAUUCCUGGGAGAAAGGACGAAAAAAGGGAGGAAAAAUCUCUCACUCUCUCCUGAAGCGGCAUGUCUGCACUUUCCAUCCUCUUUCUAGCUUUCUGCUACAUUUGGGUGUCUGAGGCUCAGACAGAAUUUAAGAGGGUGGCUGAAGAAAACGUUACUCUGCCCUGUCACCACCGUCUGGGCCUCCUGGAGCCAAAAAGUCUGGAUAUUGAGUGGCUACUACAAGUUUCUGAAGUGGACCAGAAAGUGGUUAUUACUUACUCUGGAGACAAGGUUUAUAAUGACUUUAACGUUGAGCAGAAGGGUCGCUUUUCCUUCAACUCUAAUUUCCUAGCUGGAGAUGCCUCCCUACAGAUCAUAUUUCUGCAGCCCAGCGAUGCGGGACAGUACACGUGUAAAGUUAAAAAUGCCGGGCAGUAUGAAUGGACUCACAUCACGCUGAAGGUUCUAGAGAAACCUGCCAAGCCCAAAUGCUGGAUAGAAGGUGAUUUAUCUGAAGGAAAGGAAGUCUCCUUGCAAUGCAAUUCAGCCUCUGGCACAGCUCCUAUCACAUACCAGUGGCAGCGUAUAACUGAUGAGGAAGGAAAAGUUGGACACCUCCCACCCACGUCACGAAAUCUCACACAGAUGGUUGCGGGGUCCUACCAAUGCACUGCCUACAAUGAGGCUGGACAGGAAAGCUGCACUGUGCAGGUGAAAGUGCGGUAUGCACAAAAUAUCGGGAUGGUUGCUGGAGCAGUGACUGGGGGGCUGGUGGGAUUGUGCCUGAUUCUGCUGAGUGUGCGGCUGACUAUGAAGAGGAAGGAAAAGAAGAGAUAUGAAGAAGAAGACACCCCAAAUGAAAUCAGAGAAGAUGCGGAGGCCCCAAAAGCCCGUCUAGUCAAACCAGGCUCCUCUUCUUCUGGCUCCAGAAGCUCACGUUCAGGCUCUUCCUCGACAAGGUCAACAGCCAACAGUGCCUCUCGUAGCCAACGGACUUUGUCAACGGAGGCCACCCCUCAGAUAGCUCCUCUGCGGUACAGCCAGGUGGAUGGUGAAGGAAAGGAAAUAGAUCCAAAGAAAGUCGAUCACGCAAGCCUGAAGAAAACAGGAGCCAUCCCCAUCAUGGUGCCUGCUCAAAGCCGGGCCUUCCAGACUGUCUGACUGCUUGCCAGCUGUCCUGAGACACCUGCCAUCCAGAACUACUGUACACAUCACACGUCCUAUAUGAAGUGUUAGAUUAGCUUAUCAUCUUGCAGGUCAGCUUAUUUUUAAUCACUCAUGCCAGGAAGUUCUCACCUUUGACUGUCUACAUAUUCCUGCACUGAGUUUCCGAUACAGUUUUUUAAAAAAGGAACUGAAAUUGAGGGAAAGGGAUUUUCUUUUUAAGAUUAACUCUUUAAAAAAGGGAGUGUCCAGUCCCUAAAAAUACAGCUGAAAAAUCUGGAAGUGUAAUGUUUUGGGGUCUGGAACCAAACCUCACUCUUUUUUUAAACAAAGGGAUCAAUAGAGAAAGAAACCAUGUUAUAGGCUAGGGGGCUGUCAUGGGGCGUGGGGUGGAGAGGUCAUUUGUACAGAUUUUUUAAAGCCUGUAAAUGAGCCAUUGCCUUGUCAUCUGAGGCACAGUCUCAUAGUCUUCACUGAGAAUGGUCCUCAGAUCAGCUUCAAAGGGAAUUUAACAACUGCUUCAGAUUCUUUGCAUUUGCCUUGGUGAAAUGUUAUAGGAAGCUGGGAUGUGAACAAAAGGGAAAGUGACAACUUGAACUGUAAUUAAAAAUCAGCUUUAAUGUAAAAGUCUGGACUAGCCUUUGUACUAAAGAAAGGUCCCUCUUUAUUUGGUGAGAGAAAUGCGUUAAUUGCAAGAGAAAGCUUAGCACUGAAUUAAUAGAGUUAUGAUUGUGUUAAAGUAACAGAUUCUGAUCUUAUUAGCACCAGCAUACUCUGAAGAGUUGAUACACUGAUUUCUGUGGAACUACAUUGGUACACAACUAGUUUACAUUAGAUCAGGAUCAGAAUCAGGCCCUGAAUCCCAAAUAAAGGAGGCCCCUGGAGCAGUCAGACUACGGAUCUGAUGGUGUGGGAGGGUGCACUUCUGAGUCCCAGGAGUGAUAAUGCACCACUGCCGGGGUGAGGGGGUGAGCAGUAUUGAUGAAACCUUUUCAAGAGUCUUAGGGCUGAAAGAACAAGGUGCUUGGAUUGCCUUUUUCCUGUCAGAAUAGAAGGCUGAGAUGCAUUAAUAGAGACUUGUGUGAGGGAAGUGCACAACAAAUUUAAAACUAAGAGAAGAACAACCUUUUGUACACAAGGCAUCUCAUGGUGGAAGGCGCUGUCACACACUGUUACAGAAGCUAAGGACUCGGUGGGGCUCCAAAAAGGAUUAGACAUUACAAGAAGCAUAGAAAUGUUAUCGGUGAUGACAUGAGGUAGGAUAAAUCUUUCUAAUGGAUUUAAAGCUGCCUUCUUCAACCAAGUAGUGUGUGAUGGGGGCUAGGGAUAAACUCCCACAAGCAGAUUAUUCCAUAAUUGUGCAGCAUGGUGUUCUUUGCACUUUCCUUUUGAAGUGCUUGAUCUUGGCUGCUAUUAGACACCAGAUUUGGUACUAGAUGGGCCACUGGUCUGAGCCGGUAUGAAAGGUCCUACAAUUUGUACUCCUAUAUUCAGGACUGAAAUAUUGUAACUGGUUUCUGUUCUUUCUCUCACCUGAGAAAGGGAGAGCUGUCCUCUGUUCCAUGGAAAAAGUCCAUAUUGGAGACAUCCUGGUACUGUACAGAGAACUGAACAAGUAUGAAUCUGUAACUUACUUUCACUUGAGGGAUUAUGCUUACCCUUUUUUGUAACUGAGGCCAGGUAUUUCAGGUUCUUUGAUGGAAACUUUAGAAAAGAAUUGCUAUUGCUUGUGAUUUCCCCAGAAGUAGGAAGCCUUGAUCAGAUGCAAGACUCUGAUUUUACUUUCAUCAGGCAAUGCUGUUUCAAAGACACUUGAGAGUGUCCAGGAGGAAUUAUACCUGUCCUGUAUUCUUUGAGUACCUUCUCCUUUCUAAUAGUUUUACUCCCUUCAUCCUCGCAUGCAAAAAUGCUUACUUCCCUUAUGCCAAAUACAAAGUUUCCACCAUCAGUAUGGCAACAAACCACUAUUGUUACAUAAGGGAGUUCCAGAUUUAAUCAUAGAAGUCUAUUGGGAAAAGCUCUGAUUGUAAUACUUUUUGUCAAACUUCUGCUUCCCUGAUACAGUGUAUAGUGUUGAGAGGCAAGGGUUGGCCAUUGUUUCUGUUUUUCUUUUGAUCUUGUGCCAUUGUUUUGACCACAAGGGAGUUUCUGAUAGAGCUACCCCCGCAUAAACCGGUGGGUGUAGUCAUUGUCAUCGGCUACUUUGGAAAAAGUAGCUGGUAAGUAUUUGUGGUUCCCCACCCUGCAUAGAGGGCCUUUCAAAGCAUCUCUUAGGUGCCACAAGCCCUCAGGGUGCAGAGCAUAAGCAGAACAUCUCCUGCAGUGCACGGUUUUUAUGCUGGCCUUCUCCACAAGGGUGAAUUUUACCAAGCAGGUGUUUGCAUGGUGUUAGGAGACUACCGUCUUACCCAGAGUAUCUCCAACACAUUCUCUAACAUUUCUGAGAUCCUUUAUUUCAAGUAAAUACUGGAUCAGACUGCUCAGUAGAGAGCUUCAUAUAUGUGUAACCAGUGGCCUACUACCAGAGAAUGGAGGUAAAGGAUUCAUAGUUGAGUUGGCUGAGGUCUAGAUACAAGAUACUGUACAUUCUUUUUGAGCCUUUACUUGAUACUCUAGAUCUGCCGGCCAAACUCGCCAUUAUGUAAUUGAAACCAGCAAAAGGCUACGGUGCUGCUGUUCCAGCCAGGUACCAAUGAUCUUACAGGUUUAAAAUGAAGUCAGCAAUGAACUUCAUUUAAAAUGAAGCCAAAAAAGGGAAGAGCUAACUAUUCGAAGGGAACACAGGGAAGUGAUUAUUUCAGCGGUGACUUAUUUCAUUUUCAAAGGGAUGUUUUCUGAGCUCAACAUGGAACAAUCGAGAGUUUUAGGAGGGAAAUAAGUUAUGGCAAACCAAACUCUUUUGUAAAAUAUUGUAUUUGAAGCAUUUACUGUUAUGCUGUAUACCAGUUAUUACUCUAGUGUAAUUACAUACACCCUUAUGUAGCUUUCUUGAUUCAGUGGUUAAACUGAGUUUACUUUUCUCUUCUAUCUGCUAUAAGUGGUGUACUUGUAUUGUGUCUGAGCAACACAGAGGAAACCAUAUUUAUUAUAGAUUCCUUUGAAUCAACAAUGUAAUGGGAUUGAGGGGUUUUUGUUUUGUUUUUUGUUGAUUUUUUUAAAAUAAAGAUGCUGCAGGUAGGCAGACUGCAGUUCAGCUA